AUGAAAUCGACUACGAAUAGUCCAAGCGUAUGGUUAAAAAUAUGUGUUGUAUUUGGUUUAUGUUUCUAUGGCUUAAUAGGGAUAUGUAUCAUAACAGCGGGUGCUAUCAGUUGUGUUCAAACUCAUCAGAUAAAACAGUUUCAUACAAAUACAACAUGUCUUGUGGAAGAUUACUCAUUUCAACAGAAAACAUGCAAAUCUUAUUAUGGACACAGGAGUGAAAGAUCCACCUGCUAUGACAAACAAUCCCAGGUCAUUUAUUCAAUUUUCAACGGUUCAUCUAUUACAAGCAGCAUCAAAUUAUAUGAACAACGUAGUCAAAGCGAUCAUCAAAAAGGAACAUCGAGCUUAUGCUGGUAUGAUAAGAACUCGGUUACUUCUGUUAUAUGGACCUUGCCAACUAAUGUUGAUGGUAUACUUUGCUUUACUGUUGGUUCAAUCUAUAUUAUAUUUGGUAUAUAUACGCUUACCUCUAUCGUAUACAGAUAUCGAAAACGGUUGGCUAAAUCCCGAGUUAACCCGAUAAAUAAUCGGUUACUUGAGAGCGAACAGAUUACUCUACCGUUUAACCAAGGUUGA